UCGAAUUGACGGGUUUCCGGCGAACAUAACCUCCAAAUUGCUUCCGUGGCUCCUAGAAAACUGUGGAUUGGGUGUGAUUUUCCAGGAAAAAUGGAUAAUAUCAGCAAUAAAUUAAACGCGAUCCUUGAGAUGAGAAUCGACACUGACAAGGAAGUAUUGGAAUCUUUGGGUGACCUGGACAACUUCUUCACAGAUAACACCGUCCAGACGCGGCGACAACUCCACACUGAGAUUGAGAAGCGCAGUCUGAAGAUCAAUGAAGACUUUCUAGUGUCUUUCAAGGCUGUAAAGCAAUCCCUUGAUGAGAUUUGCGAAGGGAUUGGACAGAUGAGUGACUCUGUGAACAGUAUGAGAGCUCGGUUGAAAGCCACCCAGAGCCAGACACAGGAUCUUAUUCAGCAGACGAACAGUCUUCAGGAGGAGAGCAAUAAGCUACAAUUCAGACAGAAGGUGGCAGGAGCCUUCCUCACGCGCUUCCAGUUGUCUUCGGCGGAGCAGCAGAUUCUCUGUGGCGGUCCUAGAGAUGCUCCGGUCACUGGAGAGUUCUUCACCGUGCUGGACCGUUUGCACGCUAUUCACGGCGAUUGCAGAGUGUUGAUGCAGUGUGGUCAUCACACUGCAGCUCUAGAUAUCAUGGAUGAGAUGAAUCUGCUGAAGGAAUCCGCUCUGGAGCGUCUCUAUCGCUGGACGCAGAACCACUGCAGGAAUAUUGACGCCAAUGAAAUUGGUCCACUCGUGAUGCAGGCUAUGAAUCGGCUGCAAGACCGUCCGGUGCUCUUCAAAUAUGUCAUUGACGAGUACGCUACAGCAAGGAGAGCGAUUCUGGUGAGAAACUUUAUCGACGCGCUGACCGUGGGCGGCCCAGGAGGCAAUCCGCGCCCGAUAGAGAUGCACGCUCAGGAUCCCAAGCGGUACGUUGGCGACAUGUUUGCCUGGUUGCAUCAGGCGAUACCUUCGGAGCGCGAGAAUCUGCUGAAUCUCGUGAAACUCUGCGACCAGACGGACGUCACGGAUCAGAUUCAAGUGGCUCUGGCCAACAUUGCCGAUGGCGUGUGCCAUCCGCUGGAAGUACGCGUGCAGAUGAUUCUCAGCGGUGAGAGGCAGACGAUUGUCUUGUACGCUGUGGCAAAUCUCAUCCGCUUCUAUCAAGGUGUGAUCAAUAAUGUGGUAAACGGCGGAAAUCUGGAAGCGUGUCUGGCCAGUAUGCAGCAGAAUAGCGAGCAGGCCUAUCUAGGCAGUCUGAUGCAACAGGUGAAAAACCUCUUGGUCGGGCCCAUGGGAACUACCAUCGAACCGCCACAGAGCGAUUUGGCGCCGCCCAAGAGCGUCUCCAUUCUCCUGGGCAUCAUGAAGGAGAUCCUCUCGGUGGCCAGCAUGGUAGAGGGCAGGCAAUCAGACAUAAAGAAGAUCGUUUCGUGCGUAAUUGAUCCUCUGUUGAGGACAAUCACAGAGUCUGCGUCUCAUCUGCCGACGAUAGAUAUGGCAGUUUACCUUCUGAACUGUCUCUAUCAAAUGCAGAGCACUCUGGCAAUGUACGAGUACAUGGAGGAGCGAAUUGAGCGUCUCCAGGCACAAUCAGAUGCCCAGAUUGACACCCUCACGUCGGAACAGGCUUCUUCUUUGGUGGCAAAUCUCAAUUUGGGGCCCAUUUAUACACUUCUGCAGAGCCACGCUAGUAAAUUUGAGGUUGGCAGCUUGAAAAUGUUCAAUGCGAAACUCGACACAUUCCUGGAGAGACCGGAUAUCCUGCUCCUGCAGCAAAUCAACCUGCUGCAGAGCCCUAUUCACCGAACAACCGUCCGAAAGAGGUCAUUCAACGUGAUCAUCGCCAUUUACCGACAGUUGUAUGAGAAAGUUCACGAUCCCGAGAAUGGGUAUGACAGUCCAGAGUCACUCUUCAGCAGAUCCCCUGAACAGGUGGCGGAAUCACUGACAAGUUAAUUUUUUAUAGAGAAAUUGAUGAAAUAAAAU